CUAUUUGAAGAGUUGGCUUCAGGAAUGGUUCCAGUCUUGGGCUAACAGAGGGUCCGUGGCCAUGACCUCUGGGGUCCCUCCAGUCUCAGUCAGAUGGGGUGCCAAUUCUUAAGCAGCUAUUGGGUAGAGCCAAUGAGGUCCCUAUGAGUCCAUCAGAGGCAGCCGAUCUUCAAUUCGGCCUGAGGUCAGAAGCAGGCCACUAGGCAUUCAGGACAGCCUUGGUCCUCAUGAGUGAACCAUCUCUGGGAGACACUACAGGAGGGCUGGGACCCGUCACUGCCUCCCAAGGACACUGGCCAGGCCCCUAGUGAGGAAACUGUUUCUCUCCAAGACAAAGUUGGGAUCAGCUAUCUCAGGGACAGUUCUGGGAGCCACUGGGCAACCAGCCCAAGGCCCAGGCUUGUCUCCAGUCUGUCUGGGCCAGAGAUUGGGGGGGUGGUGGUCUCCAUAGCCUUUCAAGGAUGAGGCCAAGUCCUCACACUCUCUGUGACCCAAAGCAACUGGUAACCAGAGUGGCAGGGCAGAGCGCCCACUUUCUGGCCCAGCCCACCAGGCUAAAGGUAUGCCUGCCCUCACCACAGGCAGAUGUACACACCUCAUCCUCCACUCACCAGGACGCCAGAAUGAAGCUGGGCCUGCGAUCUCAGUGCUUUGCUUUGCUGAAGGCCACAUCUGCAGCUCACAUGCCCCCCUUGGGGUCUCUGCCCACUAGGCCCCAUGGGAGGUGAGGGAUCCCCAUCCCAAUGGCUGCCCAGAGUGCUAUAAAUGGGACAUGAAAGAGGGUUUGCCCUGACUCAAGGUAGGGAGCACUCCUAACGUGGGACGCACUCCCAGGUCAGUCUCACUGGCAUCUCACCCUGUGCCAGGGUCUGGUGGGGGGCUCCUGGGGGAGCCAGGAUCUAGACUCAGCUAGCUCAGAGUAGAGACACCCUGUCCUUUCGUGCCAGGAAGAUCCACUCUCAUCUGCCACCACCCCCUUCCCUGUCCUUUAUGAGAACCAGGAAACAGCACAUGGUCUGUUGGGGUGACGCAUUCUGUUUUCAGCAGGUACGGGGAGGAGGCCUCACCACAUAUAUCCUACCCUGGGCUUAAGCCCCAGCAAGGGCUCCUGGAGGUCAGAGAUGACAGCUUGUCCAGCUCGGGGGUCAAACUCAGAGUGAAGGGAAGGAGCACAAAGAACAUGUGGAGGGACCAUUGUCCCUGCUGGAAGUUCCUUCUGGGGAGUAUCCCCUCCCACCACCCUUCCCCCAGGCCUUCCUGCCCCUCCAUCUUGCACAAUCCCAACCAGGAGGAAAAAGGCGCAGAAACCUUGCUAAGUGUUUCAGCAGGAGUUGCUGGCAAUUGCCUCACCCUUCCUGAAUUUUGUAAAGGGUGAAUCACCCCGCCCUGGGGUGUGCCGGCAGCCAGGUGGGCCCAUAAAUAGGAUCCCCAGGCUAGUCUCCUCACUUGCCUCUUCUUCCUCAUCACCUGCCAGGCCCAGUAGCUGCCUGGAGCUCCAGCUUCCUCAGCUCAGAAACUAUGCCCCUAAAUCUCCUGUGGCUCGGCCUCACCCUGCUGGGGGCCCUGCAGACCCAGGCCCAGACACACAGCCCAACCCUGAUUCCUGCCCCCCCUUUGCUCAGGGUCCCUCUGCAGCCAGACUUCCAGGAUGACAAGUUCCAGGGGAAGUGGUACGUCAUUGGCCUGGCGGGGAACGCAGUUGAGAAAAAAGAACAAGGCCAGUUUAAGAUGUACACCACCACCUAUGAGCUGAAAGAAGAUGGCAGCUACAAUGUCACCUCCACCCUGCUCCAGGAGGAUGGGAAGUGUUCCUACUGGAUCAGAACUUUUGUCCCAAGUUUCCAGCCAGGCCAGUUCAACCUGGGCAACAUUAAGAAUUUCCCAGGUUUGCAGAGCUAUACGGUGCGUGUGACAGCCACCAACUACAACCAGUUUGCCAUAGUGUUCUUCAAGAAGGUUUCUAAAAACGGAGAGUACUUCAAAACCACCCUCUACGGGAGAACCAAGGAGCUGACCCCUGAGCUGAAGGAGCGCUUCAUUCGCUUCGCCAAAUCUCUGGGCCUCUCUGACCACAUCAUCUUCCCUGUCCCAAUUGACCGGUGCAUUGAUGAUGCGUGACUGUGCAGUGAGUAUGGCUGACCUGGGGAGGGACUGGCCUCUGCUCAGGGUGCCCCCAGCUGCUCUUGCCAGCCCUGCCAGCAGUGAGAGAGCCAGGAGACUCUACUCGGUGCGGUGUGCCCAGUUUGCUCCCCCAGCCUGCCUUCCUGAUCCAACCCACAUUGCCUGCUAAAUAAACACAUGCCACCAAGGUCCUGAGACUGUGCUCCUUGAUGCCUGGGCCAUGGGG